GUGCGGGCCUUCUCAGAAGGCCCAGAAGUCCCCCAGCCUUCGGAGAAGUUCUCCGAGCCUCCCCAGAAGAGGCAGCAAGCUUCGCGGACGGCGCCUGAGGGCUCCUGAGGAGCCCCGCCGCCUUCUGCGAGGGGGCCUUCUCCUCCUCGCUUGCCCCCCUCGCCCGGCGCCGACCCUCAGUCCUCUCUCGCGGCGGGGCUGCGAGCUUCGGACGCCUGCCGCGGCAGCGGGCCGCCCCUCGGCGCCCGCCCCGCGCCCCUUCCGCGCGGGGGGCGCCGCCAUGGCGAAGGAGGGGCCUGGCUGCGAGCCGCCCGCCCGCAGGCCCAGCGGCACGGCGCGCGGCGGCCGCGGCGGGAGUCGCCUGGCCCGCCGCGGAGCGGCGGCGGGCCACGAGUGGAGGCGGUGGCCCUCCGAGGGGGCCGCCAGGCAUUCUAGACGCUCGAGAAACCCGCGGCGCGCAAGGGCCCUCAGACGAAGGGCUGCGGUGUUUCAAGUCGCUGGCUUUCAGCGGUGAUCUGUGCACCACAGCCCAGGAGCAAUCCAUUGGAGGGUGUCUGUGUGUAUUCUCGUGGAGGAGUUCGCUUCCGCUGCAGUUGCAGUGUGGCGUGCCGCGCUGGCGGCCCGCGCAAGCCGCGGCGGAAGGUCGUUGUGCCAGCACGCGUAAGACCCGCUUGUCGUCGUCGCUUACAAAGAGGUCCGAGCAGACGGAGAUCGGAGACGCGCGCCGCAUCGCCGAUGCAUCGGUGGUGCUGCUCGAUGUGGAGACUAAUUUUCGCCACGCCGGCGUAACCGAUGCAUCGCCGACGUCGACGAUGUCUCGACGGUGCAUCGGCAAUGCACUUGCAAUGCGGCGCGAGGCUCCAGCCCCAUCUGCGUACUCGGGCCCAGUGUGGGCGGCCUCCAGGCACCUGGCGUUUCGAAGAACCCGUGGUUCGAUG